AUGGCACCAUCAUAUGCUGCGCCGCAGCCCCCAAGCGAGCAAGGCGAAAAGCCAGUGACAGUGCUAGUCACUGGAUUUGGCCCCUUCCUCACCCGCUUCCCCAAGAACUCCUCCUGGGAAAUCGCCUCCACCCUCCCCAGCCUCCUCCCCUCUUCACCCACCAACAAAACCCCCAUCCACAUCCAUGUCCACCACGAACCCAUCCGCGUCGCCUACGCCACCGUCCUCAAUCUCAUCCCCACCCUGCUUCCCCCAGGAAAUCCCAUGAACCCGUCACCAGACAUAAUCCUGCACAUUGGACUCGCUGCGGGCCGCAACUACUACGCCAUCGAGCAAGGCUCGCGGAGCCGCGGGUACGGUAACAUCGCCGACGUGGAUCGUCAGCGGUUCGACGAUGAGAGCGCUGAAUUGCAAUUUCCAGCUUCAAAGUUUCCAAGUAUGCUGUCAACGGGUUUUGAUACGACGGAUGUGCUGGCGUGUUGGAAGGAAUCCUUGAAAUCUCCUUCUUCUUCCUCUGUUUCUGAAAUUGGUAGCACAAAAGGCCCAGAUGUGAGGAUUAGUACUGAUGCGGGGAAUUUCUUGUGUGGGUUUAUUUAUUAUAAUAGUCUUGCCCAUUACUAUAGUAUCAAGGAGGAUGAGCGUCCGGUCAUCUUUUUGCAUGUUCCCGAUUUGACGAGUAGUGAGGAGAAGUUGAGGGAGGGGUGGGAGGUUACGGUUGCGUUGAUCAAGGCGCUGGGGGAGAGUAGGCGUAAGGCGGGGGGUGUUGUUGUGGAUAGGGAGAGAGGGGGUCAAGAGGCACAGAAUGGCACAGAUGGGGUGCAGACGGAUAACAAUUUCGCUUAG